AAACACCUUUACAAGACAGCACGUUCUAAAAAAGAGGCCAGUGCUGUUGCAGGCUGGCUUUCCAACUCAACAGAGUCAUCAAAAUCUCAGGGCGAUGAAGCUGCAGAUGCGUUGGCAGGAGCUGAAGGAGAGAGAACUCACAGCCCAAAAACACAACAGACAGCUGCUGCAGCAAUUUGAAGAAGCCCAGGACACACUGAGAGAGAUGUUGACCCUCAAUGCUACCAUGAAAACUAUUCGGAAAGAGUAUGAGCGCUACCUGGAGGAGAACUCCCCACGCUGGGAGCAGCAAUUCAAGGAGCAAACACAAGCUGCUCAGAAAAGGAGGAUGGAGGAUUGUUUGCGGUCAUGUCUAAAGAACCCAGGAGGAUCAGAUCGACUUUUACUCUCACAGGGGUCGACUGCAAAGACACAACACAUCAUUGCACCUCAAAGUCACAACAACCAAAUCCACUGCCCAGAUUACAACCAAGAUGGCUCCCCUCACCUCCCCUACAUGCCCUCUUCCUGGCUGACCCACCCUCAAUCCCAGACUGCUAGGUUUCCCAUCAGAGCACCCUAUCAUCCUCAGCCUUCCUCUCAUGCCUCCGAGUCUGUCCCACCACCACCACCCUUCUCCCCACAUCCUUGUCCGUUCCCUCUCCCCCACCUUGCCUCCACAUUGGUCCAUCGUCCGCCAGAUUGGGGAUCCCUGCUGCCUCACCACCUCUGGUCUCCAACAGCAGGUGUGGCUGGACACCCCUUAGACUCUGGGGCUCUGUGGGGUCAGCUCAACAUGGAGGAGCCUCCUCCUGAGAGGGGAGAUGCACUUGUCGUAGGAGAGGGGUCAAGAACAAGCAGGCCAUCCAGCUCAGUGAGAGGAGGAAGUGGUGGAAGCAGGAGGAGUCAUGUAUCCCAGGACCUGGACAUCAAACCAGUCCGUCUGCCCAGUGGCCAUGCAGAGAGCAGUGAAAGCAGCAGGGAGUCUGAUCAGGCAACCCGAGAGAGGAGGAGGAAAAAGAGGAGGGAACAGAGAGAAAGAUCACAGAGUUCCUCCUCUGGAAGAGAGGCACCCAGCUCUCAGGGGUCAUCUGGGAUUUCCAGUGCUAUCAUCUUUGCUGCAGCCACAGCAGCCCAAAGCCCAGAAAGUGAUGCCUCAUCAAAGAGAAGCAGCAGUAGAAGGACAAGGAGAAGCGGGGCUCUUGCUGUUGUGUCACCAAGGCCUGAGAUGGUGAUGAAAGAAGGGAAUACAGGAAGAGCAAAUAACUCAGGAAGUCAUAAAGAAGAGAAUCCGUCUACUGAGAGUCCUAUUGAGGAAUCAGGGAGUGAAAAAGCAGGAAAUCUAGAGUCUGGAUCCCAGAGGGAGGAUGAAUCUGGGAGCGUAAAAAUUGAAGAGGGCAGUGAACAUGAAAAAGAAAAAGAGGAGAGUGGAAGCUCUGGAUGUAAAAGUUUAGCAGAGAAGGAUGAGGAGGAAGAGGAGACAGAGAGAGAACUAGAUGAUGGGGAUGGAGAAAAUGAUGUUGAAGAAAAAGAGAACAGUGAAAAAAAUGAAGAGCAUGAGGAGAGAGACGAAGAGGAAAAUGAGGCUUCUGAAAGAAAGAAUACAACCGAGGAGGAAGAUGAGACAGGAGCAGAGGAUGAGAUGCAGGAACAGGAGUCCGUGGAAGAGGAGAAAAACUUAAAGAAGGGAGACAACGAGGAGAGGAAACAGGAUUCUGAAGAAGUGGAUGAGGAUGGCAGCGAAGGAGGUGAGGACGAAAUGGAGGAGGAUGGGGAGUCAGAUGAGGAAGGAGGAGAGAGUGGGGAAGAAGAGGAGCAGAGAAGUGAUGAAGCAGUAGAACCAGAGCAGGAAGGAGAUUCAGAGGACAGUAUCAUCGCGCUACAAGACAACAGAACCAAAAAGAUCUACAGUAUUCCUGAGGGAGUUGAAGAUGAAGAAGAGGAGGGAGAGGAGCAUGGAAGUACAGCAUCUCAGGAUGAUGAUGACUCAAAUGAUUUCAGUGAGGAGGGUAUUGAGAAUCUGCUGGCCCCUCACGGCCAAUCACAGGAAAAAGAAGAAAAGGAGAAGAGUGCCGGUCAGAAACCCAAAGCAAACUGUGACGAGGUGGAAAUGUUUCAAGUGGAGCAGUGCAGAUCGACUAAAGAUUACUUCAGUGACUCUGAUGAGUUUGACCACUUCUAUGACUAAAUAUGUAGAACUCAACUGACUUAACAGAGAAUGAAAAUGUGGUUGUCGAUAUUUAAAUGGUACAUAUUUCCAAUCCAGCAAUGAUCAAACUCAUCUGGAAUAAUUGCACUUUGACAGCAUGACAUGUGCAUUUUCAUUUUAUUUUCGGAUACAGUUUUUCAUACAAAUAUGGAACAGGUUUUAAACAGGUUUAAUCUCUUAUCAGAAAGAGAAACUGCAAACAGACUAAAAGAAAUUUUACAAAGUGUGACAAUAAUUUAUUGAUGAGUUUGUCGUUGCUGUUGUAUCAGCGUGACUGAUAUUCAAACAGUCAUGAUAGACCCUGCCAGAGAACGAUAAACUCACAACAGUCUGUCACAACAAUAAACAGGGAUGAUGUUUCAAUAGUA